UUGAAGAAAAGCACCCAAAAUGAAAUGCUAAAAAGAAUAAAGAAUUAUUAGUAACCUAAUGAAGGAGGUUUCCUUUCCAUCAGUUUCAGUUCCACCAAAAUUCAAAAAUCUCUCGGCAUGGGGUGCGUGUCUUCGAAUUUGCUGAACCAAGACGAAGACUUCAGCACCCAACUUGGCUCCUCCGCACUGGGCCACCACAUCGUGUCCCUCACCUCCACCACCUACGGCCUCCUCACCCUCGACCCUCCUUCCACGCCUCCUUCCCGCUUUACCCUUGGAUCUCUCUUCCCCUCCGAACCAGAGGUCAUCAACUCAUGGGAGCUCAUGUCCGGCCUCGACACCGACAGCUUCCGCUUCUCUCCUUUACCUUUACCCAAACCCAAAGAAAACCGCCUCACUCCCCCAACCGGUUCCAAACUCUUAUUAACCCCAACUCUGGCGGACCGGUUCGAGAAAAUAUGCCCCCCCAACGGUGAGAAGCGCGUGGUGAUCUAUACGACGUCGUUGCGGGGCGUGCGGACGACUUUCGAGGCCUGCAACGCGGUUCGCGCCGCCUUGGAGGGAUUCGGGGUGGUGAUCUGCGAGCGUGACGUGUCCAUGCACAGCGGCUUCAGAGAGGAGCUCAGGACUCUAUUGAAGGGGAAGCAGGUGAUGGUGCCUCCGAGAGUGUUCGUGAAGGGGCUCUACAUCGGUGGCGCCGAUGAAAUGCUUAAGGUCGCCGAAGAGGGUCUCCUUGGAGACUUGCUUGAUGGCUUGCCUAGAAAGAAGGUUGGGGCUGUUUGUGUGGGUUGUGGGGACUUGAGGUUCUUGCCUUGCUUCAACUGCAAUGGGAGCUGUAAGACUCUUGUUAAGGAACAGGGGAGGACGGUUGUAGUUAAGUGUACCCAUUGUAACGAAAAUGGCUUAGUCUUGUGCCCGCUUUGUACUUGAUUACUUUUUCACAAUCAUGUCAUCACUCUCUUCACUGUUCAUAUUAACCUGUAUUCCUCCUCUCUUCUCUUGGUGAUCUUGUAUCCCGAUUCACCAUUUUCAAAUCAGCCUUCAUUGUUACAGAGCCUGCAAUUGCGCACAUUAGUAUUUAUCAAUGGAUUUUCAUUAGUAUCAUCACUCUUGUGUGGCGUGUAGGCUGUAGCAUAUAGCCUAUAACUUAUUUAUCGUAAUAUUAAAGCUUAGAAUUUGUUGGGACUCA